AUGAUAGUGCGACCAAUUGUCACCUACGGGGCGGUGGUGUGGGCACCGAAAGCAGAGCAGACGACGGUAGCACUCAAACUAUCGAAACUGCAAAGGCUUGCGUGCGUCUGUAUGACAGGAGCUAUGCGCACCUGCCCGACAGCUGCACUUGAGGCCCUGCUGGAGCUCACCCCGCUACACCUACUAAUUGGUCAAGUCGCCAAGUACACUCUGCUUCAAAUGACAGCAGAGGGGACUGGCAUAGGUAAAAUAAUCUCGUCCCAACGCAUGGAAGAGCUAAGUGGCAUUAUACCACUGGCUCCUCUUCCAAGGGACGGCAUUAACAAAAAGCUGAACUUCACUAAGAAGUUUAAGAUCACCCUCGGCAGCAAGGCCGAAUGGAGCGACUCCGCAUUCGAGCUGCUACUCAGGGAUAGCUCGAUCAGGUGGUACACCGACGGCUCGAAAACGUCGGAGGGAAUUGGCGCAGGGGUCGCAGGACCACGCACAAAACUCUCCAUACCUAUGGAGUUGAACCUCCAACGCGGCUAUCGCAACGAACGUAUAGCUAUACUUAGCGACAGUCAAGCGGCACUCAAGGCGAUCUCGUCUUACGAGAUAAAAUCGCUAUUGGUGCAGGAGUGUAUAGACCGGCUCAACAGUCUUGCAGAAUGCAACCAGGUGCACCUUAUUUGGGUGCCAGGCCACAGAGGCAUCGCCGGUAAUGAACUGGCCGAUAAGCUUGCCCGCUCUGCAGCAUCCACCAGCAUGGUAGGACCGGAACCUUUCAUAGCGGUGGGUCCCCACACCAUAAAGGAGCAGGUCCGCAAUGAUGUAGCAGUGGGUAGGGAGAUACAUUGGCAACACCUUUCAGGCUUGCGGCACGCAAAGUUGCUGAUGAAGAGUUAUAACCUCAAAAGGUUUAAAUGCAUAAUCAAUCUCCCAAGAAAUAAAAUCAGGCUACUGAUCGCCUUCUACACCGGCCAUUGCAAGCUGAAGAAGCACUUAUUCAACAUGGGCCUAGCUUCUUGUGCAAAUUGCCGGUUCUGCGAUUUGGAACCCGAAACUCCAGAACACCUGCUAAUGGAUUGCACGGCAAUCUGUAGGCGCAGGACCAAGGCCCUAGGAUCCAUGUUUCUAAAUAGGGAUCACAUCGCCUCAAUAGCACCUAGCAGUAUAUUGGAGUUCAUCAAUUUGCUGGGGCUAGCUGAGACUCUGUGA